AUGUCUUUCCUUCGCGCCCGCGCCGCCCCCGCCCUCCGCCGGUCGUACGCCACCGCCGCUGGCCCCGUUGAGGCUGCCGGCGUCAAGGUCCUCGGCAUCGAGAACGGCCUCCGCCCCGCGACUUCGUCCGUUACCAUCGUCGUCAAGGGUGGCUCGCGCUACGAGCCCGCCGUCGGUACCGCUCACGUCCUCAAGAACUUCGCUUUCAAGACGACUGCUGAGGGUUCCGCUCUUAAGAACGUCCGCAAGACUGAGCUCUACGGUGGUGUCCUCUCGUCCGGUCUUGGCCGUGAGCACCUCUACCUGAACGCCGAGAACGUCUUCGUCCCCCUCCUCGCCUCCGUUCUCUCCUCGACUCAGUUCCUCCCCUGGGAGUACUCUGAGCUCGUCCUCCCCAACGUCCAGGGUGAGGCCCAGGCCGCUGCCGCCUGCCCCAUCGCCGCCGGUAUCGACGCUGCCCACGCCGUUGCCUUCCGUCGCGGCCUCGGAAACUCCAUCUACGCCUCCCCCAACUCCCCCGUCACCCUUGACAACGUCAAGCAGUUCGCCCAGGCUGCGUUCGCCAAGAACAACAUCGCUGUCAUCGGCCAGGGAAUCUCCACUGAGGCCCUCGCCUCGGCUGUCCAGCAGUCCUUCGGCUCCGGUUCCGCUGCCGGCGGCAACCUCUCGACCUCCCCCUCGCAGUACUUCGGUGGUGAGGAGCGUCUCCCCCUCGACACCCACUCGAACCCCUCAGCCAAGCCCACUCUCGUCAUCGCCUACGGACAGCAGGGUGCCGAGACCCCCGAGCUUGCCGUUCUCCCCCACCUCCUCGGCGGUGAGUCCGCCCUGAAGUGGGUCCCCGGCACCUCGCCCCUCUCCAAGGCCGCCGCCAAGGUCCCCGGUGCUCAGGUCCGCUCCUUCACCACCGGCUACUCGGACGCUGCCCUCUUCAACAUCGUCAUCCAGGCCCCCACCAACGAGGGUGUCCGCUCCGUUGCCCAGGAGGUUGCCCAGGCUAUCAAGGCCACCUCCAACAUCUCCGAGGAGGAGUUCUCGCGUGCCAUCGCCAAGGCUCGCUUCGCCGAGGCUACCAAGCUCGACACCGCCGAGUCCCUGAUCGUCUCGACCGCCAACGCCGUCCUCGCCGGCCAGGCCCCCAAGCCCCACGCCCUCGAGUCCCUCUCCGCCUCCGCCGUCUCGAAGGCUGCCGGCGAGCUCUUCAAGGCUAAGCCGACAGUUGUCGCCAUCGGCAACACCCACGUCCUCCCUUACGCUGACGAGCUCGGUCUGUAA